AGGUGACUCAAGAAGCGCUGAGCUAGAUAAGAAUACCAUCUUCAUAGGUUACUCCCACUUCUGAUGGAAUAAUUUUUAAAACCCUAAGUGGAAGAAAAUAACAAUACUGAAUAUUUGCAUACAAUUUCAGAUACACAAAACUAGCUUAUCCAUUCCUUCUAAGGACCCUGUGAGGUACACGGGAGCAGGGGCUAUUGAAAUUUAACAAAAGAGGAAACUGAGUCCCCAAGUGGUAAAGUGACUUGCUCAGAGCUUGCUCUGAGUGUCUGAGCUUAUCCAGUGACUUACACACAAUAACCAUUUGCUGAAGGAAUGAAUGAACCACCAACAAACUGGGGCUGGAUCCUGGCCUUCAGACCACAGCACUACUAGGGAUUGGGUCACUCUUUUUUUUUUAAAUUUUUAUUGGAGUAUAGUUGAUUUACAGUUUUGUGUUACUUUCUGCUGUACAGCAAAGUGAAUCAGUUAUACAUAUACAUAUAUCCACUCUUUUUUAGAUUCUUUUCCCAUAUAGGCCAUUACAGCGUACUGAGUACAGUUCCCUGUGCUAUACAGUAGGUCCUUAUUAGUUACCUAUUUUAUAUAUAUUAGUGUGUAUAUGUCGAUUGGGAUUGGCUCACUCUGGAGGUUGCCUAAAUUUAGGGUAUUUGCUUUAUGUCCUGUUAGACUUGACCUUGACCAGAGAGUCUUCAAGAUGCCAAACUGGGGCGGAGGAGCGAAAUGCGGAGCCUGCGGAAAGACCGUCUACCAUGCGGAAGAAAUCCAGUGCAACGGAAGGAGUUUCCACAAGACCUGUUUCCACUGCAUGGCCUGCAGGAAGGCUCUGGACAGCACCACAGUGGCAGCUCACGAGUCUGAGAUCUACUGUAAGGUCUGCUACGGGCGCAAGUACGGCCCCAAGGGGAUCGGGUAUGGACAAGGUGCCGGCUGCCUCAGCACGGACACGGGUGAACACCUGGGCCUCCAGUUCCAACAGUCCCCAAAGCCGGCACGCUCUGCCACCACCAGCAACCCUUCCAAGUUCACUUCGAAGUUCGGAGAGUCGGAGAAGUGCCCUCGAUGCAGAAAGUCAGUCUAUGCUGCUGAGAAGGUGAUGGGAGGUGGCAAGCCUUGGCACAAGACCUGUUUUCGCUGUGCUAUCUGUGGGAAGAGUCUAGAGUCCACGAACGUUACUGACAAAGAUGGGGAACUUUAUUGCAAAGUUUGCUAUGCCAAAAAUUUUGGCCCUACAGGUAUUGGGUUUGGGGGCCUUACACAUCAAGUGGAAAAGAAAGAGUGAAAAGUGCACCGUUUCUCAGGUCUCUCAUCGGCCUAAAGCACUUGCCAAGUAUCCUACCCAGAUGGAAACCCUCCCCAAACAUCCUUUUGUUGGUAGUUGGACAGUGUUUCUCUUCAGAAGUGAUCACAGUCUUUACCUGAAGUUAGAAGAGAUCUUUGGAAGAAAAUUAUUAAAAGUCUAAUCCGUAACAAACACUUUAUUAUUUACGAUACUUGGGGUGGGAGAGGCCAUAAAUAAAAGUUUAAGCGGUAACUU